GGAGGAGAGUGGCCAAGGAUGAGAGAAGGAGCUUUUCAUCAUCUCCUCGCUAAUGACAGCACAUGAAAUCGCAAAUCAUGCCUUUUAAAGCCAAUCUACUCCGCGCGCCCGCCGUGAGGGACGUUGUCAGCGCUCGAGCCAAAUUAGCGAUCAAAUGAAAUAGCGCUUGCGCAUCAGGACGUGUUUCUCGCAACAAUGUGGUGCAUCAACUGUGCGUCGGAUAAGACUCCAGCGAUUCUUCAUAACAAGCUUGUGUAUUGUGUGGAGGGAGAUCCUCAGUGUCCGGACACGGCUAGCUUUUCCAGCAGCACCUGUAGUCAGGGCCCAUACCUGGGCAACUCAGAGCGCUACGGGAACAUCCAAAAUAUUCCUGGUCCUCAGGGGCCUUCUGUGGCCCCUUCGAGCCCAGUGAGCCUGGCCUGGGCGCAACGGACCCGCAACCAGCCCGCCAGCCUGGCACUCCGCAAGCAAGAAGAAGAAGAGAGCAAGCGCUGCAAAGUGCUCUCUGACAGCUAUGAGCUCUCCACGGACCUGCAGGACAAGAAGGUGUGGAUCUGA